AUGGAUAAAGACAGACACACAGAGGCGGAGCAGCGGCUCAGCCAGAUGCGGCAGAGCCGCGGCGGCCAGACGCAGCGGAGCGACACCGCAUACAGAAAGAGGCUUUCAAGGACCGGCGCAGCGGCAGACCCAAGCGGUGAAAGGCCAUGUCAAGUACAAGUUACCGUUCCCAGGCAUUCAGAAUAUGCCACAGUGGGAGAGUUCUUUAAAAUGGAAUGUCCUGUGACAUAUUGUGCUCAGAGACCUAAUGUGACUUGGUGCAAGUACAGUGGACAAAACUGUUUACCUCUUGAGAUUGGACCUCAGCAACAUACUGGUUGGGAAGACAAGGUCCAUGGUUCAGUUUUUACUCUACAUUUUGAACCAGUAUAUCCCAGUGACGUUGGGUCGUAUAGUUGUUCUGUAAACUUUAAUUCUGUGGUUAUUAAUAGCAACAUAAUAGCCCUCCGUGUGAAAGAGUCAAGAUGUUCAGGUGUGGAUUGGAAUCAAAUGACACAGAGUAGUUCAUUACCCAUGACAGAAAUUAACACUACACUGUUUGUACAGAUGGGUGCAAAGGCUCUGCUGUGCUGCCCUGCUCUUCCAAUGACAGAAGCAGUAUUAAUAAUGUGGGUCAUAGCCCUCAGAGGGCAGCCUCCCUGCAGAAUAUCCUACAGAGCAGAAAUAAAGGAGAUCAAUGAAACAAACUGUACAGAUAAGAGAAUCACCUGGGCAUCCACACCUGACCAGAGUCCUGACCUUCAGAUCAAUGCAGUGGCCCUCGGUCAUGACGGGCUUUAUUCAUGUGAAAUAGCAACACUGCAGGGGAAUUUCCAAAGGAGACAUGACCUCCAAGUGCUAGUGCCUCCAACAGUAACCCUGCUGCCAGGGGAAAACAGAACAGCAGUUUGUGAGGCAACUGCAGGCAAGCCGGCUGCGCAGAUCUUUUGGAGUCCAGAUGGGGAUCACGUCACUAAGCAGGAAUCACACAGCAAUGGCACUGUGACUGUCAGGAGCUCAUACCACUGGGAGCAGAACAAUGUGUCUGCUGUGUUCUGUUUUGUCUCCCAUCCAACUGGCAACCAGACUCUGCCCAUAGAACUCAAUCAAGGUGUCACCAGCACGCUGCAUUCCCUGCUGACCAUUCUCUAUGUGAAACUUUCCCUUCUGGGGAUCAUUCUGCUCAUCCUAGGAUUUGUUUUCUUCCUGAAGAGAAAUUAUUUCAGCUCACAGUUGACUGGGAAAGUCUGUGCUGUGGCCAAAUCAUCGUUGUUCCCGCAGCUCUUCUUCAUCCCCAGGCUUUCUUUAAAUAAAGGAGCCCAGGCAUAG